CUUGGAUUUUUCUUUUCGGUCCACGCCGCUGUUUCUUUGGUUGCUUUUUUGUCGGUUAUCCGCCUAGAAGCGUAAAGAUUUACUAACAUGGCCAAGAUAAAGGCUAGAGAGCUUCGAGGGAAGUCCAAGGAGGAUUUACUGAAACAAUUAGAAGAGUUCAGACAGGAACUUUCAACAUUGCGGGUCGCAAAAGUUACUGGCGGACAGGCCUCAAAAUUAUCAAAAAUUAGGCUGGUACGCAAGAGCAUUGCUCGAGUAUUGACGGUCAUCAAUCAAACCCAAAAAGAUAAUUUGCGUAAACUCUUUAAAGGGAAGAAGUACAAACCUAAGGAUUUGAGACCCAAAAAGACUCGUGCACUCCGAAGGCGACUCAACAAGCAUGAAGAAAGCUUGAAAACAGCCAAAGAACUGCGGAAGUUGCGCAUCUACCCACAACGAAAAUAUGCAGUCAAAGCAUGAAGGGGAUGUUAGGGUAUGAAUUAGCUGCUUUACUACAGUUUUAAAAUAAAAAACCUAAAAAAAACAUGA